UGUGUUUGAUUCUGUCUAGUUUGAUGUUGUGGUCAACGGUAAAACAGUCAAUACACUGAAUAUUAAGGGACGUACUUCAUACUUAGACAUCAGCGGAUGCAGACACUCAGGUGUUCUGUAUAAACCUGGUGCAGUGAUGAGCUCAGACCCAGAAACCUGCUCCAGUCUUGUCUGUAGUGAGACUGCAGUCUCCACGUCCACUGGCUGUGGCCCCACGGAGCGUUGUGACGGCAGCGGCAGCUGCAUUCUUGACCACAUCUGCACUGUGACCGGCCCCACUGUCAUCGACUUUCUCGGCCAAGUUAACUCUGUCGACGAUCGGUGUGCGUACUCUCUGAUGUCGGGUUCUUCAGUCCCAGACUUAUACGUGCUGGCGAACUUCCAGGAACGCCGUCGUAAAGAUGUGAGCUUUUUGGACAGUGUGACACUGCGACUGAACAGGACGGGUGUUGACAUUCAGCUGGAACAAGGCGGGAGAGUUCGGGUGGACAACAGCGUGCUGACCCUCAACAGCUCGGCUCAGCUAGUUAACGGAGUGGAGCUCUCUAAGGAUCAAACUGGAGUCACUGCCAGGUUGUUGAUCUCAGGCUACAAUACUACUGUCUUCUUUGAUGGCAACACGGCCCAGAUCCACUUCACAGGACCUGCUGGAGAAGAUCCAUCUCUGCAGGGUUUGUGUGGCAGCUCCAGCAGUUCUUUGAGUGAAGUGAGGCUCCCUCAGUACAGUGCCAGCAAUCAGAGCAGGGGAACAGUCCUGACCCUGUGUUGUGUGUCGCCCCCUAGCUGUACGAUGCAGUACACUGACACUGCUGACAGUACGAUCAACUGCAACACGACGACUGAACGCUGUAAUCUCCUGAAGGAGGCGCCCUUCACCACCUGUCACAGCCACACCGACCCAAAGCCCUACAUAACUGCCUGCACUGAAACUUUGUGCAAUUAUCCUGCAGUGGACGGUCUCAACUGUCAGUUCCUGGAGGCCUACGCCAGAGCCUGCAGCCUGCGCAGCAACGACGAACUGGCGGACUGGAGGUCAAAGGCCGGAUGCUCCCCCCCUCAGGUCUUCUGUCAGGACAGGAUCUGCAGUGCUCACGAGUUCUGUGCUGAGAAGACGGUCGGUGGUGAACACAGCUGCUUGUGUCGGGCCAUUUUUGCCUCCCCGUACAGACUGACAGGCACUUUCGGUGAGCAGACAGUCUGCGGGAAGAACUCUGGUUCAGUUACUCUGGUCGGUUGUCUCCUGGAGGAAAAAGGCAUCGACUUCUCGUCCUUACACCUCAAUAACCAGACCUGCACGGGUCAGAUGAACGAGCUGACCCACAUGUUGACCUUCAACUUCGACAGCAGCAACACCUGUGGGACGGUGGCCACGGCUGAAAACAACCAACUAAUCUACAAGAACACCAUCACGUCCCAGAACAGCUCCUCUGACAACAUCAUCCGCCACAACCAGUUAUACAUCGACUUCUCCUGCUUCUACACUCAGCCAGACAUCAAGACUGUGGCCUUCAAAAUCAGAGACAGCUCUGUGAUCCAGCAGAUCGUUUCUGGAGCUUGGAAUUAUACUUUGAGCAUGAAGGCCUACACCGAUGCCGGCCUCACACAAGCUGUGGAGUUGAGCACUGAAGUCCAGCUGGACCAGAAGAUCUGGGUGGAGAUGAAGACUGAUGGGCUGGAUGCCGGCUUGGUCGCCGUGGUGACCGACUCCUGCUGGGCGACCAAUCAGCCAUCGCCCAAUGGGAGUCUGAGAUACGACCUGAUCACGAAUGGCUGUGCGAACCCCGCUGACCGGACGGUGAAGGUGGUGGGAAACGGACUGGGAACGUCCAACUACUUCUCCUUCAACAUGUUCUCGUUCCCCAGGAGCUCUGGUGACAUCUACCUGCACUGCAAACUCAACCUGUGUGGCAGACAGAACAAGAGCUGUGCCCCGAUUUGUAACAGAGCUGAUCGGAGACGCAGAUCUGCCAGGGUGAAAUAUGAAAAUGAAGCCCCAGCCUUCAUCACCAUGGCGUGGACUAAUUAGAUCACGAAGGAUCAAAGAAAGCAAGAAGGAAAGAAACAUGACGAGUGGGGACAGGAGGGUUUUUCUGUUCAGGUUUCAGACUCGGACUGACUGACAGGCUGUCGACCUUCACAAUGAUUCCUGACUUUUGCUUUUUGAUUAAGUGGAAGCUUGGGAUUAACAUGUUAUUUGUUCUAAAGUAUAUCUACACUCCAACAAAUAACAAUAAUCAGAUAUUAUUAGGGAUUACUAAUGAUUAUUAAUGAUUAAGUGUCGUCUGCAUAUUAGAGUCGGUGAGAGGAAUAAGUAUUGAGUAUUGAUGAGUAUUUGGAGCAGCCAUGUGGACACCACAGUAUAACUUUAAGGCCCUUUAUAUUUACUUUUCAUUAAUAUUAUUAUUAUUAUUAUUAUUAUUAUUAUUAUUAUUAUUAUUAUUAUUAUUUUCAUUCAUUUUGGAGACAGCAGUUUUUGUCAGCUUGUGUCUGUAGCAUGACAUCAGUUCAUCACAUCAGUUUGAUCCAUGGUUGAUAAGAGAAGCUUUGCCACAAUAAGGUUCAGAUGUCCACUCUGAGGAAACAGUGAAUUCAGUGCAAACACAGCAUCAACACGUUGAUUAUUUACAGAUUCCAGUUCAGUCAACGCUGUGUAGCCUCACUGCACCAACAAUCUAAACACCAGAUUGGAUCCUGCUGUCACUCUCAAAGUGACUGACGGGUUUUAUAAGCUGCAACUCAGGACAAGAACUAAAACUAAAAUAAAACUACAUCUGAAUUGUUUUUAAUAAUGUGGAACCUUUGGAAGGAAACAUUGAUUUAAAAAACAUUUUAAUAUUUUGAAUCAUAAACCCAAAAUAUCUUAUUUUAUAAGUCAACAUGAUGUGAUUACACCUCAAAUUUAACUGGCCAACAAAAAUACAUACAAUAAAUAAAACCCUUACAGAGGAACUCUUUAAAUAAAUGUCUAUUGAGCCAAAACUGUUGCCUUCAUGACACUGAGAUAUGACUUGUGCUGUUUCAUCUUUAUUAUGUUACUAUUGUUAGCAACCAAAAAAAAAAAAAUAAAAAGGUUUGUGGGAAAAUCAAAA